GGCGCGCGUCUCCUCUUCAGCCAUGGGGUCGGCGGCGCUGGAGAUACUCGGCCUGGUGCUGUGUCUGGUGGGCUGGGUGGGCCUGAUCCUGGCGUGCGGGCUGCCCAUGUGGCAGGUAACCGCCUUCCUGGACCACAACAUCGUGACGGCGCAGACCACCUGGAAGGGGCUGUGGAUGUCGUGCGUAGUGCAGAGCACGGGGCACAUGCAGUGCAAGGUGUACGACUCGGUGUUGGCGCUGAGCACGGAGGUGCAGGCGGCGCGGGCGCUCACCGUGGGCGCCGUGCUGCUGGCGCUCGUCGCGCUCUUCGUGACCCUGGCGG